AUGACAGGAAUCUACCCUACUAAUUGUUGCACCAUCAUUAACAGUGGAAUCCAGGGACCUGAAAAACGGCUUCAGGGUCUGCUUGCCCAGGUUGUUGAUAGUGGUCGCCCUCCUCUUUCUUCUUCAGCAUUUAUAAGCAUCUAUGUGAUACAACAAAGCCAGUACCCUCCUUCCGCACUUCCUCUCGAGAUCUUCAUCACAACCAACGAAAGAACCUUCCGAGGUGGAGUUCUUGGCAAAAUUCAUGCCACUGAUCGAGACCCCCAUGAUACUCUAUUGUACAGCUUUGUGUCAGUAGUCCCUGAAAAGAAACAAUUCUCUGUGGGACUUUCAGAUGGAAAAAUAAUUGCAACCGAAGGUCUCCAACAUGGCCACUAUUCUCUGAAUGUAAGUGUGAGUGAUGGAACCUUUUCAACCAUAACCAGAGUCCAGGUUCAUGUAUGGUCCUUCAGCCAGGAUGCCCUUGAUAAAGCUGUGACACUGCAUUUCCGUCAUCUUAACCCAGAAGAAUUUAUAAGUGACCACUGGCGCAACCUGCAGCGGUUUCUGGGGAAUAUCUUAGAGACAAAGCGACAGAAUGUCCACAUGGCUAGCUUGCAACCUUCAGAGGCUUCUAAUGGGGUAGAUCUUCUGUUGGCAGUUGGAGAACCCCAAUAUUCACUCUAUAAGCCCAGCUUCAUUGCUACCCGGAUUUCUCAGUCGACUGAAGAAAUGGACCAGCGAGUUGGGCUGCGAGUAAAGAAAGUGACCUAUGUCCCAUGCCAUGAGGACAACUGUAUCAUUCAACGCGCUUGCAAAGAAACCUUUCAACUUGAUCCGGGCACAGUGUUCACAUAUAGUUCUGCCCGAUUCAGUGUGCUCACUCCUCGGCACAGUUUGGAACAGAUCUGCUCUUGCAAUGGCACAGCUUUGAGGUUCAGUGGGCACAGUUACAUAUGGUAUCACCAUCAAGGCAAACGGGAUUGGCAGAUGAACUUCCAUUUACAAACCCACCAGCUCCAUGCCAUAUUGCUUACAACCAACGGAAGCAACAGUGCUGUUCUACAGCUUGUUAAUGGAGUACCUCAUCUUGGAUACAGAUGUCGGAGUGGCUUUAGUGCGAACCUUUCAUCUCACCGUUUCGUGAGUGACAGCAUGUGGCAUUCGGUCUUUCUAGAAGUGAAAAGCCAUUCGAUCCAUUUGCUGGUUGAUGACAUGGGAAAUGCCUCCCUCCAUCUCCCAGAGAGCUGUAGCAUUUCCCACUCCACCAGAGAUCUGUUGAUUGGAGGACUAGUACAGCAUCAUCAGCCUCAGAGAAUCACUGGUGGGUUCAAGGGCUGCCUGAAUAUGAUUACUAUGGAUGGAAGAAAUCUGGUGGUUCUGCCCAAAGAAAAACGGUCCAGAGGGGUGGUUGAAGAAUCAAGCAUUAGGCAGUGCUGUCCACACAGUGGUGCCUGUAGCAGCAACCCCUGCCUUAAUGACGGACUCUGCAGUGAGGUACAAAAUGGAGGUUAUGUUUGCACCUGCACCACACAGUUUUCUGGAGAUCACUGUGAAGUGGCUGAUGGCUUUUGUGAAGGAAAUCCUUGCUUACAUGGAGGGACAUGUGAACUUUCUGAGAAAGGCGGCUAUAUUUGCCGUUGCCCAGAGAGAUAUUGGGGGGAAAGGUGUGAAAAAGUUGCUGAGAAAUGUUUGCAAAAUCCUUGCAAGAACUCAGGACGUUGUGUGAAUAGUGAGGGUUUUCUUCACUGCAUCUGUACAGAUCACUUCCAGGGACCAUUCUGCAGCCAAACAAUUGGGAUUACAACUAUUAAUCCCUCCAGUGAGAUUUGGAAGCCUGAAGUGAUUGCCAAAAUCUCUGCUGGGGUGUUAGGUAUAGUCAUCCUGGUGAUAGCUAUUAUAACCAUCUACAAACGCUACUGCCACAAAGUCAAAGCUCACAAGCCAGUGGCCAAAGAAGAUCCAGACCUGCUCUCCAAGAGUGAAUUCUCAAAAAGUGUUGGGGUUGGCACUCAAGGUCUUCCACCGAUUGAACUCAAUAUUCUCAAUAAUAGUCAUCACAACCAUUUCAGUGCUCUAGAUCCAGCCAAGCCUUCUGUUGUGCCAGAAUUCACUACCUUCCAUUCAAGCAAUGUGCAGAAACAACGGGGUGCCAUUGUGUGCAGUGUGGCUCCCAAUCUCCCAGCUGCUGCCCCAUUAUCUAACACUGAAAAUGACUCUACAUUGAAGAGUUCCUGGACUGGAGAAAAAAUGGUGUAUCCAGGAGAAACAACCUACUGGCCACCAAGAUAUCAGUCAACAGACACUCAAGAAUAUCAUCAAUAUGAAGUUAUUGAAACUCUCCUUCCACCUUCCCCGUGCCAUCGACCUCUUCCUCCUCCUGUAGACUCAGAUCCAGCUGGCCUUUAUGGUGGCUUUCCUUUCCCACUUGAUCAAAACAACAAGCGGGCUCCUAUUCCGCCUCGUUACAGCAAUCAAAAUCUGGAAGACUUCUUACCCCCUGGUUCUGCUGAGCUACCUUCUUCCCAGUGUCAGAACGAAUACACUGCGAUCAGCUACUACCCUUCUCAGUUGGUGGAAAAUGAAGGGCCACUUUACCAUCCAGACAAUGGGUACAAGAGGGUUAGCAUGAGACUUAGUGUGGCCCAGCCCUCCUACGCAGACUGUGAAAUCAGGCCUGUACCGAAUGUGAGAACUCAGCCAGCAUUGCCUUCUAACUAUGAGGGCUCUGACAUGGUGGAGAGUGACUAUGGAAGCUGUGAAGAAGUGAUGUUUUAAAACAAAACAAGUGCAUCUGCAUUCUCAAUGUGCCUGAAGGAGAAGGCAUUUAAUUCAAGUAUACUUUACUGAAAUGUGCAACCUUUCCAUUUUAACAGCAGCAUUUUCCCUCCUGGGUAACUAUGCUAAAAGAUAGCAUUGAUGGUUCUGCCCACGGUCCAGCCCCAUUUUUCUGACUUGGAUAGGACUUCAAAGGGAUCAUGUCGCUGUUUUAUAAAGUUGGAUUGUAUCUGGACAGAAAGAUGGAAUUGCAAACCAGGACAUAUGAAAGCGCUUUCAAUGAGUGCUGGUAGAAAUCAUUUUCCUCAGUCAUAGUGAUUCCUUGAAAAGCAAGUGGCAAACUACAUCAAUUCUGUUUUGUUCAUGUAUCUCAUUCUGAAAAUGGUUACAUUUAUUGUAAUGAUGCAACGGUUGGUUGUGCAUUGUAAAGGUAGCAAAAUUGAUAACGUGGAUUCUUGCUGUAAACAUCAGAGAGAUUGGAACUAAAGCAUUAUUGAGUAGUAGUCAGAAUUUUUUAAUAGUGUUUUUAUUCCUAAAAACCAAGAUUUUCAUUGGUUAAAAAACUCCCAGAAUAGAAUUGAGAUUUUAAAGACAAGCUAUCCUGCAGUUGUGUCACUGGUAAUUGACAGGGGGAAGCAUCUGACUGAAAUAACACAAAAGUUUAUAAAAGGAGUGUGUUGCAUUGG